GCAGGAGCAAGUAGCCAGACCGCUAAAAGACAAGAAUAGAGGGGUGCCUUAUUGGCCGGCUCCAAUCGCAUGGGGUGAUUUCUUUCCUGGCGGUGGACUCCUUCAAAUUUGUUUACGCCGAACGCCAUGUCGCUUCAGAAGACCACCGGUGUCGAGUACUGGACGCAACGCUGGGCGAACCACAUCAUUCCUUUCCACAGACCUUCUGUUCACCCGUACCUUAAAGAAACCGAAGCUGAAUUCACCACAACCAAGAAACUUCGUGUCUUCAUUCCUAUGUGCGGGAAAAUGCGUGAAAUUAAAUGGUUCUACGAGAGGGGUCACACAGUCGUUGGUGUAGAAAUCACACGGCAAGCCAUCGACGAUUUUUUCAAAGAAAAUGAGCUCACGGCCACAGAAGUUUAUUGCACAACCACGAAAUCUCCAGUCUUUCAGACAAUGGACAAACGACUGAGCAUUUACUGCUGCGACGUAAUGGAUUUCAUGAGUUCCGAACCAGGAAAAAUGGAUGUGGUGUUCGACCGGGCCACACUGUGUAUCAUGGAGUCCCAGGAACAUCGGCUGAGGUACAUGAAUCUGAUGAACACUUUGCUGGCACCAGGGUACACCUACCUCCUAACUACCUUUAAGCACGACGAUGAAAGUUACCAAGCUUUGCCGAAGAAUGUCUCGGAUGAUAAUGUCAAGCAACUUUUUGGCACUGAUACCGUGGUAGAGAAGGUGUGCGAACUGCGGGAAAUCACUGUGCAAGGCAUGAAAAGUCCUCUCAUUGAAGUAACAUGGCGUGUUACCGGCUAGCCAUGUGGACCUUUUUGUUUUUUUUUUUCUUUUUCAGUUUGCGUUCCUUCAAUAUUCUACUGGUUGAAGGCUCUGUGCGCACCCCCCUGAUAAUAAAAGGCCUGCGCUACAUUCUUCAAGCACAGAAAAUAUGAAAUAACCAUUAUUUAAUAACAUCAACGACAUCUUACACGCCAUUUACUACGGCAGCUUCGUGCGCAAUAAAAAUGCGGUGCAUUUAUUAGUGGUUUCAAUGCGGACUCUUGCAAGAGUGCACGCGGCUGCAAUGAUUUUUUUUAAUUGCCCUCCUCAUGAGCAUGUUGUUUCUUCUUAUCGAGUAGAUGGCGUGAAUACUGUACGGGUCUU